AUGGAGAAGAUCCUCCAGAAGAAGAAGGUCAAUAUAGCAUGUGUCCAGCAGACUGGGUGGGUAGGAUCGAAGGCGAGGGAUGCGGACGGGUAUAAGAUGUGGUACUCUGGAGUCCUGAAGGGUAAGAAUGGAUUGGGUAUUUUGGUGGAUAGGGAACUUAGAGAGUCUGUGGUAGAGGUUAGGCGGGUGAAUGAUAGAAUGACUAUUAAUUUGUUGGUUGGGGAGUGCACCCUAAAUGUCAUUAGCGCUUACGCGCCACAAGUGGCUUGGAUGAGGAGGUUAAAAGGCACUUCUAGGAGGGGUAGCUAUGGCGAGGUGCAUUGCGGCUUCAAUUUUGGGGAUGGGAACGGAGGAGGUACUUCAAUGUUGGAUUUCCCUAAGGUAUUUGAGUUGCUGAUUGCGAACUCUAGCUUUUUGAAGAGGGAGGAGCCUUUGGUUACUUUCCAUAGAACGGUGGCAAAGACUCGGAUUGAUUAUCUCCUCCUCAGGAUAUGUGAUAGAGGGUUGUGCAAGGAUUGCAAGGUUAUCCCGGGUGAGACCACCACGACGCAGAAUAGGCUCUUGGUAAUGGUCGUCGGUAUCAUGAUAAAGAGGAAGAAGAGGUAUGCACGAGGACGACCGAGGAUCAGGUGA